AUGGGUGACGAUACCCCCCCUUCCUCGCCUGGUCUACAUGGAACCAAAAAUGUUUUAUACGUUGACUCUAAUUUACAACAGGAUGAUGACAGCUCAGAUGAGGAAGACACGGCAGACAUACGUCCGGCAGUCCUCGUUGACCGAAUGGGUAGAAGAUGGAAACAGCGCAAGGUUGAAGCUGUUGCCCGGUGGAGAUUAUACCUUCUGAAUGGUGAAAACCAGGAAAACUACUACAUGCAGAAGCUGGUGUUAAAUCUGCCUUUGAGGAAAGAAACGCCUGUCAUUUCUCCAAACGACGUGUCAAAAACGUACAUGGAAGAAUGUGCCAUUCGUAACCUGAUUGAAGAGCAAGACGACGCCAUGACUGCCCUCCAGGAUGCAAGGCAAAGAAGGUUCUCACUCGCUUGUCUGCCCAAGAUGGCACAAUCCUUACGGGAGAUGGACUGGAUCGGUGAAGAGGAAUUCAAUACGUUCAUUGAUGAGGUAACAACUGCCUAUCGAGCCGAUGCAGUCGAAGAUGAAGAAGAAGUCACUGAUGCUGACUUCAAUCUAAAUCAUGCAGAUCUAGGUAAACAACUGUUGACUACCAUUGUGGGAGAAGCUGGUACUGGCAAGUCAUACCUUCUGAAGGGUAUAAUGGAACAUGCUACCAGUGUGCUUCAUCUGAAUGCUAGGAAGCUGGCAACAACAGGUGCAGCAGCCUACCUUAUUGGAGGAGAAACGGUGCAUCACUUCUCUAAAAUGAACAUUGAAGCAAAAAGCCGUUUGGAGACAGGUACAAUUGAGUAUGAACUCGUCUCAAACACCAAUGUACUUAUCAUUGUAUUUGUCAGUUAUGACAAUAAAGCUUUGAAACUAAAUCUCAAGAUGGACGGCAAUGCCCUUUUAGACAGCUACCUUGACCAAUCUUCUAUUUCAUUAUAUGUGUAA